GAACGAAAAAUUGAAAAAAAAAGAAAGGAAAGAAAGAAAGCGUAAUGGCAUUCAGUUCCUGUCUGUACCUCCCCCUGAAAGACGACGUAGGUUUUAUUCUAAACAGCAUGUUAGUGCAAGGCAUAAAUCAGCAGGAACGGAAAGACGUUUGCAUCUCCGGUGGCUGCCUGCGUUCACUUCUGCAGCAUGAAGCGUGACCUCAAGAAGAAACUCGUACUGUUCUCGUUCAUGUUCUACUUGACUCUUAACGUGGAAUCAACACAUGAAGUUAAUGGCACGUCAGAAGAAAACAUCACUGUUCAAUUCACUUUUCAAGAUUAUGUUAUAAACUCCAAACCUAGUCUGUACAAAAACGGGAAGAAGAUAGUAAGUUGGAAAGAAUCCACCACCCUCAAAGUAAAGUUUGCCCUGAGUCCUGUGGAAAACCGUACUGUCACACUUAACAUCACAAAUCUCACACUGGAAGAUGAAGGGACAUAUCAUGUCGCAGUGCUUCCAGAUGGUGUUAACUCUCUUUUUGAGAGCAAUAAGAUCAAUAUCAAAGUCAAAUUAGUCAAUAAAUCAGCAGAAACUGGAAAAGAAACGGAAGCUGUGCAUGAAAACAUAGUGACUAAUUCCCCUAAACUGGAGUCUUCGGAACAAAAACCAUUCCUCAUUUUCUUCUGUGCAUUAGUUACAAUAUUUAUAUUUAUAUGUCUCAUUGUGGGCAUAUUGUGCUGGCUUAUAAGGACCUAUCCAAGAAAACCAGAUGCAGAAAACCCUCCAGUUCACAACAACACAACACAACAGGGGCAGUGUGGGACAUCCGGGGCUGUGUUUGUCAGCUGUGUGGAGUAUGGAGAGUUAGACUUUCAAAAUAGACCGGAAAGAGAUGACAGAGUAGAACCUGCCGAGGCGACAUCAACGGCCCAGGACGGAGUGGAAUACGCUGCCAUCAUUUUCCCUCAGCAAAAACAGCCACCGAGUGGGCGGAUGAGAAAUAAUGUAACACAGCAAGUACCUGCCAUUAAGUGA